AAAAAAUAAAAAAAUACAAAACCCCUUCCCAAGUCUCUCAACUGUCCCCUCUCUCUCUCUCUCUCUCUCGCAGAGCGAUUUGCCAGUAGAUGGAAGUGGUUCUUCUCCGAAAGAGAUGUCGAACGGCGUUGUAGAGAUGAAGAACAGCAGCGGCAUGAAACAGGAUCUCGAGCAACAACAAAGCUCUGAUCUACAGCAGCCACAGCCACAGCGUCGCCUGCGCGGCUUCGCAGCGGCAGCGGCUGCGUCAGCUGCGGGGGAACUUGCUGCCGCACCUAAGGGAAGGAAGGAGAGAGAGAAGGAGAAGGAACGGACGAAGCUGAGGGAACGCCACCGCCGCUCCAUCACCAGCCGUAUGCUUGCUGGUUUGCGCCAGUACGGGAAUUUCCCCCUCCCCGCCCGCCCCGACAUGAAUGACGUGCUUGCCGCCCUUGCUCGAGAGGCCGGGUGGACUGUCGAGGCCGACGGCACCACCUACCGCCCAUCCCCUCCCCCAGGGCAGCUGGCACCAAUGCCUAUUAGGUCUGUUGAAGGCCCAUUAUGUGCUACUUCUCUGAAAAAUUGCUCAAUGAAAGCAUCAGACUCCCAGUCAUCUGUUCCCAGAAUUGAUGAGACCUCAUCUCCGGCAUCUCUUGGUUCCAUUGUAGUUGAGGAAAAGGAUAUAAAGAACAACAAAUAUGCAAAUGUCAGCCCUAUCAACUCGCCAGAAUGUUUGGAAGCUGAUCCGCUUAUGAUGGGUGUUCAUCUUGGGGAGCACGAGAAUGAUUUUACAGGAACUGCAUACAUUCCUGUUUAUGUGAUCCUUCCGGCUGGCAUUAUCAACAGUUUCUGCCAAUUGGUUGAUCCAGAAGGCAUACAGCAGGAGUUGAGGCAUCUUAAAUCUUUGAAUGUAGAUGGAGUGGUUGUAGAUUGUUGGUGGGGUAUUGUUGAAGGCUGGAGCCCACGGAAGUAUCUAUGGUCUGGCUACAGAGAACUGUUUAACAUCAUCCGAGAAUUCCAGCUGAAAUUGCAGGUUGUGAUGGCAUUUCAUGAGUGUGGAGGAAAUGGAUCUGGAGAUAUGCCAAUUCCUCUCCCCAAGUGGGUUAUGGAGAUUGGUAAGGAUAAUCAAGAUAUAUUUUUCACAGACCGUGAAGGGAGGAGAAAUACAGAAUGUCUUUCCUGGGGCAUCGACAAAGAACGAGUACUAAAAGGAAGGACUGGCAUUGAGGUGUACUUUGACUUCAUGAGAAGCUUCCGUAUGGAAUUUGAUGACUUAUUUGCAGAGGGUCUCAUUUCUGGUGUUGAAAUUGGAUUGGGUGCUUCUGGGGAGCUAAAGUACCCUUCAUUCGCAGAAAGGAUGGGAUGGAGAUAUCCUGGUAUCGGUGAGUUUCAGUGCUAUGACAAGUAUUUACAGCAGAGCCUACGAAGAGCAGCAAAGUUGCGUGGGCAUUCAUUCUGGGCCAGGGGACCUGAUAAUGCCGGUCAAUAUAAUUCUAGGCCACAUGAAACUGGCUUCUUCUGUGAAAGAGGUGAUUAUGACAGCUAUUAUGGUCGAUUUUUCCUCCAUUGGUACGCACAGACCCUUAUAGACCAUGCUGAUCAUGUGCUGUCUCUUGCAAACCUUGCAUUUGAGGACACACAGAUAAUUGUAAAGAUUCCAGCAGUUUAUUGGUGGUACAGGACGUCGGGUCAUGCAGCAGAGCUCACUGCAGGUUUCUACAACCCAACAAAUCAGGAGGGGUAUUCUCCAAUUUUCGACAUUCUAAAGAAACAUUCAGCGGCUCCGAAGUUUGUCUGCUCAGGACUGCAGGUGCAUGCUCAGGAACAUAUUGAAGCAUUGGCUGAUUUAGAAGCUUUAAGUUGGCAGGUUCUAAAUUCUGCCUGGGAUCGUGGGUUGACUGUAGCUGGUCAGAAUGCUCUGCCAUGCUAUGAUAGAGAAGGGUAUAGUAGGAUCCUGGAGACCUCAAAGCCAAGAAACCAUCCCGAUCGUCGCCACAUGUCAUUCUUUGCGUACCAACAAUUAUCACCUGCAUCAAUGCAAAGAGAUCAGUGCAUCUCUGAGUUGGAUUAUUUCAUCAAAUGCAUGCAUGGGGAAGCCACAGCUGAUCAUGAGGCCUAAUGGGUCUAGCUAUGCCUCUAUGGAAAGAAAAGAAGUGGGAACCGCUGCCUUAACAAUGGUCAGCAGUUAAUGCGUACAAAUGGAUAUGUCAUGGUUGCACCUCCUUGAGGUUGAUUGUGGUCCAGAAGAUGCUGCUAAUCAGGGUAAGUUCUCAUAAUUUAUUACACCUGAAAUUCCACUGUUCUAUCUGAUUUCUUUCCUUGGUGCCAUUUAAAUAUCGAUCCUUAAUGUAUUAGAUUCCAAAGUCACACAUUGUAUUGUAUAAAAAAGGACAAUGACAUUUUUGGGCCA